AAUGGCAUAGCGUUUUCAGAAGAAAACGCUCUCUCAGAAGCGCUUUUCGGACACGUUAACGACAUAAACGCGCUCACGACCAGACCAAACACAAACCCGAUACGCCGUUGAAAUGAAAAAAAGAAAAAGGUCAAAGGGAGCCUCUGUUUCGUCAAUUACACACCAAAGCUCUAGACUUUUCACCGCCUAAAAACCCAAAAAAACAAAAAUUUGCAGGGAAAAUUUCAUAAAAAAAGAGCAGUCAAAUCCCUCAUCUACUUUCCCUUUUUCCCUUUGCCUUCCCACCAUAUCUUCUUCCAUCUGUGUCUUUGUUUCUAUGAGAGAUGGGAAUUUCAUGGAGUGGCAGAAGAAGAAACAACUAUUACCAACACCACCCACCUCCUCUUCCACCUCCACCACCACCACCACCGCCACCACCUCCUCAAUACCUCCCUUCUUCUUCAUCUUCUUCAUCUUCCCACUAUUACUCCCCAGAUUCUCCUUCUCUUCCUCCCCCUGCUCCCCCCCAUGCCUAUGUCUUUGCCAAUACCUCCACUCCUUAUCCAGCCCCCCACAAUAUUUACGCUACUUACCCACCUCCUCCACCUGCUCAUAGUCAUACCCAUUAUUGUUCUGGUGGGUAUUGUGCCCACAACUAUGGAAACUCUGUGAUGGGUCGGUUUAAUUACCCUCCUCCUUAUUAUGCUAAUCAGGCUGGUGGGGUUUGGCCUUCGUUUCGUCCUCCAAUGGGUCAGCAGCAGCAGCCGCUGACUGUGCCUCCACCUUAUGUUGAGCAUCAGAAUGCGAAGAAGGUCAGGAACGAUGUGAAUGUUCACAAGGAUACGUUGAGGCUCGAGGUGGAUGAACAGAAUCCUGAUCAGCAUUUGGUCUCUUUCGUUUUUGAUGCGUUAUAUGAUGGGAGCAUUACUAUUUUCUACUUUGCAAAGGAAGAGCCAAACUGUAAAUUUGUUCCACUUUACCCAGAUGCAUAUAUGCCAGUGAAAAUAUCCUUUCAGAAAGGACUAGGCCAGAAAUUCCGUCAGCCCUCAGGAACAGGCAUUGACUUGGGCUUCUUUGAGUUGGAUGACCUCGCAAAACCAUCCCCAGGAGAAGAUGUAUAUCCUCUUGUAAUAUCUGCUGAGACAAGUUUGCCACCUGAUUUAGACGAACAUGUUAGUGAGACUAUGCAAGAUACAUCCCCUCAUAUGCAGAUUACUCAAGCUGUUCUAGAGAAGAACAAUGGUGAUCCUUUCCAAGUGAGAGUAAUAAGACAGAUAUUGUGGAUUGAUGGAGUUCGCUAUGAGCUCCGUGAGAUAUUUGGAAUUGGAAGCUCGGCAGUGGAAGGCUUUGAUGACAAUGAUCCAGGGAAGGAAUGUGUUAUUUGCAUGACUGAACCUAAGGAUACGGCCGUGCUACCUUGCCGACAUAUGUGUAUGUGCAGAGAAUGUGCUCAAGAGUUGAGGCUUCAAUCAAACAAAUGCCCCAUUUGCCGCCAACCUAUUGAGGAACUUAUAGAGAUCAAGAUAAAAUAGUGGUAAUAGGUGAUAUUUUUUCGCCAUGGGAAGUUGAUUCAUGGUACGACUGGGAAGACUUUUUGUUUAUUUGUGUCUGUUUUUACUUUUUUCUUUUUCCUCUUUUCCUGUAUAUUAUAAUUUUUAUAUUGUUUUCCUGAUUGUUAUGUGAUAUGUUACAUACAGCAACUCAAAUCAUACUUCAUUAGCCUUAUGUAUAUGCACAGUAUACAUGGUGUAAACCAUUAGCUCAUCCAACACUUUUGGCCAUAGGCAAUUUGUUUAAUACUUGCAUAUUUGAUAUAUAAAUAAGCCUUUUUUUUUUUUCCCUCCA